GCUCCGGCACACUCCCUCUCAGUGUGAAAGUGUCACUCCGCCUCUUUCUGCCUGCUGACUCCCUGCUCUCCUCGUCUCACCCGCUUUCCUCUCUGGUUGCCAGCAGCAUCUUGUAGUUAUGGAGCAGACGACAGUCACACAAAAACCAGGGCUGUCAGUCACCAAAGCCUCAACAUUUGAAUGUCAGGGAAUGAGGGACUUCAUUCUGCAGAGCAAUGAUAACUGGGGUUCAAACAACAACCCAGUUGUCACGCAGCCCGGCCUUGGUGUCACCAAGACAACCAUCACCACCAUCACACAGACAGGAGGAGACUGGAGCACGGGCCUCUUUGACAUCUGCAGAGAUAAGACCACAUGUAUUGUUGGAACUUUGAUGCCUUGUUGCUUAGAGCUGAGUCUGGCUCACCAGUACGGGGAGUGUCUGUGUCUGCCUGUCCUACCGGGGACCACGUUUGCCAUGCGAGUCGGAAUCAGGGAGCGGUAUAAAAUACGGGGCAACGUUUGUGAGGACUGGAUCACAGUGUACUGCUGUUACCCUGUGGCUGUGUGUCAGAUGAUCAGAGAGAUGAAGCAGAGGAUGAAGACUCAGACAUAUCAUGUGUCCACUGCUCUGGAGUGCUCCUGAAGAAGGCUGUUGCAGGAAAUGAAGCCUGUCGGUUUAAAAUUCAGUUCAGUUCAGACUGUUGAGGUGAAGCUGAGUCUACUGGUAUGAAUAGCAACAUGAAGAAUCAAUAAGGCUUGAACUGAGGCUAAAAUACCUCCGAAGACACCUUAGACAAUAUAUCAGCUCCACUCUAAGCCAUUCGUAGGACACUCGAAAGAGGAAACAUUGAUUGACAGCAUGAAUGGCAAGUUGAAAUACUCUCUGAAAUUCAUCUCUGCGUAGACUUGUGUUUCUACACGGAAGCAAAAAAAAAAAAUCAGCAUUCUGUAUAGAAAACAGGUGGCCAGACACAGUUUUUGAUUUCAGUAGCUGUCACUGU